UAUAAUUCUAGAGAAUCCUGUGUAAAGAUUGUGCAUUUCGCUGAUUGGAAAAUACAAUUCGAGUUCGUGAUUUUUACUCGAGUCCACGAUCGUGUGGAUUUUCAACAUUGUUUGACGAAUUCCUCGGGGAUUUCGAUUCUGGGAAUUGGAUUGAAAAAAGAAACUUGGAUGUGGAUUUCGGGUUGUGAAUGUGGAGGUUUAAGUUGGAGGGUAUGAUUUUUUUAGCAUAUUUUUGUGGAUGAUUUCGGUGGGAAGUCGGGAUGGGAGAAAGGGGCCAGGGCUAGGCUUUGGUGGUGCUGGUGGUGGGAGGACUGAGAUGGACGAGUCCGACCUUGAAGAAGGGGAGGCAUGCUCAUACCCGAAUCAUGAAUAUGAUGAGGGGAGCGUCGAUCCCGAUGUUUCCCUCUCUUAUAUCGAUGAAAAGAUUCAAGUUGUUCUGGGACACUUUCAGAAAGAUUUUGAAGGUGGGGUUUCUGCAGAGAAUCUGGGGGCAAAAUUCGGUGGAUAUGGAUCAUUCUUACCUAUGCAUCAGCACUCUCCUGUUCGGUCGCAUCCAAGGAUUCCAUCAAAAGUUCAUAGUCAAAAUACAGCCAACUGUUCUAGCGAUUCACAACUGGAGGUGCAUUCACUCUACCAUUAUGAGGCUGGCCAAAAUGCUGGGCAAGCUGUGCAUUCUUCAACUGCAACUCAUUUAUCAGGACUUGGACCAAAUUCUACUAGUUCCUUCGAGAUUCCUGCAAUUAAGGUGCCCUCAUCAAAUCAUGGGGUCAGCCAAGAAAAUUGUCCAACAACCACUUGUGUUGAGGCAAUCUCUGGUAAAUACGAAUCUACAGGCAUGAAAUCUACCAGCUUGUCAGAUCAGAAGACACUGAAGGUUCGAAUCAAAAUGGGCACUGAUAAUUUGCCAACACAGAGAAAUGCUGCAAUCUACAGUGGACUUGGCCUUGACGUGUCACCAUCAUCAUCAUUGGAUGACAGCCCUUCAGAAGGUGAAGGGAUAUCUCGUGGGCCUAAAGAUGCACCUUUUGAAUCUCCAUCUAGCAUCCUUCAGAUUAUGACAUCCCUUCCUAUGCUGUUGUCUCCUCUUCCUGAUGAUCUUAUUCAAUUAAUUGGAGAAGAAACAGAUUCCAAAGAAUUUAUGCCUGAUGAGGUUCAUGUGGACGGGGGAGAAAGUUCUGGCAUGUUACUAAAUGAAUCUAUUACUGUACGGAGUGACAGAAAAUUGUUAGGAGGGGAGAAAAUAAAGUCUGUGGAGGGAUGCAGAUCUUCAUUGGAAUUUAAGGGUGAUGUUAAUAGAAAUGGAGUUUUAUCCAGGAAGGAGCAGAAUAAUGAUGGGUUGACUACUGACGAGCUUGUUUCAAAAACCUUGAAGCUACCGCUUUUAUCCAGUUCAUUCUGUGAUGACUCAGUAAAGGAAGUUGGUGACCUAUGUGAUAAAUCGAAGGAAGCUAGCAAGAGUAUGGCAAGGGAGAAGAUCUUCUCUGAUCAUGCACAAAAGGAGCAAGCAGAUCCAAAAUCUACUGAAGUGAAUGGUUUUGUUCAAAAGGGUCAGGCUGGUUCAGGAAGAAAAGCAGUAGAAGAUAAGAUUUACAACUCUGUUGAUGAUUUAUCUGCUUACACAGUCAAAGACAAGGCUCACAGAGUUAAAAUUUGUGACUCAGUAACAGCUGAAUCUAAAGCCAGGACAGCUUUAAACUAUGAACACACAGAGCCUCCCGAGAAUGCUUUUCAGAUAGGUGAACAGGAUGGUAUUGCAUUACCUGUUGUCAGAGAACAUCCCAUUCGCAGGGGCAAGAAGAAGUCAAAGGGAGGUCAUGGCACCAUGGUUUCAGAGGGGGGAAAACAGACCUUGAGGGUCGGUAACCUAUUGCCGCCUAAAACAAAGAAGAGUUUUGAUGAUGGUGCUACGUCUAAAAUUGAAAAUGAAGGUGUCAAGGUACAAAAGGAUCAUGGAAGGGCUAGGGAUGCUUACAGAGAUUUUUUCGGGGAAUUUGAGGAAGAGGAGGAUAGAUUGGAUUCCUUGGAAACUCCUUAUGUAGAAAAAUUAAAGGACUCUGAGGUGUCUAAGAGGAGAACCUCUGCAAGUAUUUCUGCAGAAACAGAGAGAUCAGGUGCUACUAAAAUUGUUAAGCCACUAUCAUCUGAUGUGUAUCCUAAAACAGCCACAAAUCUAGUCCGGUGCAGUGCAAAUGGGCAUGGCACAGAUGUGGAUAAAGGAAAAGAGGCUCCUGUGACUGCAACCUCUGUUGUUUCUGAAGAUAACUGGGUACAAUGUGAUCGAUGCCAGAAAUGGCGCCUUCUUCCUUCAGGCACAAAUCCUGACCACUUACCUGAAAAGUGGCUUUGUAGUAUGCUUGACUGGCUGCCUGACAUGAAUCGAUGUAGUGUUAGUGAGGAUGAAACCACUAAAGCACUUAUUACCCUAUACCAAGGCCCACCUCCUGAAGGACAAAGCAAUCUGCAAAAUACAUUUGGAAGUGUUGUUGGUGGAACAUUGUCAAAUUCUCAGCACUCCAACCAACAUUGGCUGAGCCAUAGUCUGCAUGCACUUCCUGAUGGAAAGAAAAAAUUUGCAAAAGAGAUGUCAAAUGCAGCAACUAAAGAUGGAUCCUUUCCGUUGUCAUCUUCUGUAAAGAAAGGCUUGCAGUCCUCUGUGAAAAGCAGGAGUUUAAAUGAUGUGAACAAAUCUCCCACAGUGAAUGUUCUCAAUGCUCCUGUGGAGAAGCAUAAAACUAAACAUAAGAUACUGGAGGACAAUUCUGAUAUAGGUGAUACAAAGAAUUUGACGGUGAAAAGCAAAAGAGGCCCUGAUCAAGAUAGUUCUAGAUCAUUCAAGAAAAGUAAGACUGAUGGAGUGUUUUCUACAGAUGAAGAUUGGAUUCCAGAGCAUCGUAGAACUGCUAAGAAAGUGGAUCAUGGCUUGAAUAGCAGCAACACAACUACAUCAUGUGGCAAGAAUCAAUCUAAACAUAAAGAUAGUUUCUCUUCAAGGGACUCAAAAUACAGUGGAAAAGAUAAGCUACAAGUUUCUAUUGGAAAAAAGAGAAAUACUAGGGAGUAUCAGGAUACUCAAACUUGUAGCACGGGUGAUCAUGUACAGGAGAACGGGGUUUCCAUCCAGGAUGAGCUUACUGCCUCUAGAAAGGAAAAGAAGUCUAGAGUAUCAAAAUCUGACGGUAGAGAGUCAAGUACUAGUAAAGGUAGUGGUAGGACAGACAAAAAAAUGAGUCAGACAAAGAACCAGAAGUUCAGGCAAGAUCCAGGGAGCACGCUGUCACAGCGAAGCUUGGAUGGUAUGGAUUGUUUGAAAGGGGAUUUAGAUUCAGUUCAGGCCACUGCUGCUGCCACUUCUAGCUCUUCUAAAGUUUCUGGUUCACAUAAAACCAAAGCUGGUUUCCAGGAGGUGAAAGGUUCACCAGUGGAAUCAGUUUCUUCAUCGCCUAUGAGACUUCUAAAUCCGGAUAAGCUUACAAAUAAGGGGAAGGAUGACUCUCUUGAUGCUGGUGCCAUGGGUAGUCCAAGAAGAUGUUCAGAUGGUGAAGAUGAUGGUGGAAGUGACCGUUCUGGGACAGCUAGAAAGAAUAAAUCUUCAACUUUGAUCCAUAGUAGGUCUCAUGGAUCUUCCAAGCUUGAUUGCCAAGAUAAGGAUGUCAAUCAUAUGCCAGACACUAAAUUUAAAGAUCAAACUUUGUAUCCAGACAUGGCAACAAGCCAUUAUACAAAUGGUGAUGUGGACCCUGUAGGUCAAAAUGGGACCUACCCUGAUGGGGAGCUAAUUAAGGAUCAGUGCCAAAGUGAAGAGAGAACUGACAUUUAUGGUGCUAACACGUCUCUUCCAAGGAAGGCUGGAAGAGGAUCGUGUUCAAAAGGCAACAAUGAAAGCCGUAAAUCAGAGCCCAAGGGAGAAAAGGUCAAGAAUGCUAGUUCACCCGGUCAAUUACAAGACCAAUCUCCUCUCUCUGAGGCAAACCAUGGGGAUAAUAAAACCAAGUUACAGGAAAAGUUUGGGUUUAAAUCUGACAAAAGUGAGAAUAUACAUACUGGUAAGAAAGAUUGUACAGGGAAUGAUAGUAGGAGAAAAGAGAACCAGUUGAAUAGGGGGAAAGAGUUUCAAGAGGCUAGUGUGGAUGCCAUUAAACAGGAAGCGUUGCCCUCCCAUAGUCAGAAUCAAAGUCUGGACUUUGAUGCUGAAAGAUCUUCAAAGAGGUCUAUCUCAGAAAGAACUGAUCAAGAAAUACUUGGAAAAGAGAAGUCUCUGUCAACGCCACCCUUGGGAGGAGCUCAAAUUGAGACAGUGGAUCGUGGCCCACAACCUUCUGCUGGUUUUCACAAAGGAACUGCAGAUUCGGUUGUUGACCCCUCCAGAGUUGAUGAUGUAACAAAGCUGCAAAAGAAGCAGAUCAGAAAGGCCGACCACCAAAAUGGAACUCAGCACAUUAGCUCCAAACAUCCCACACUUAAUGGACGGAGAUCUAAGGAGCUAGAUGCACCCAGUCCAACUAGAAGGGAUUCUUCCAGUCAUGCUGCCAACAAUGCUGUGAAAGAGGCUACAGAUCUGAAGCAUUUGGCUGAUCGUCUCAAGAAUUCAGGAUCCGCUGAGAGCACUGGGCUUUACUUCCAGGCAGCCCUGAAGUUUCUUCAUGGAGCUUCUCUAUUAGAAUCUGGCAAUAAUGACAAUAAUGCUAAACAUAAUGAGAUGAUUCAAUCAAAGCAAAUGUACAGUAGCACAGCAAAAUUGUGCGAGUUUUGUGCCCAUGAAUAUGAGAAAUUAAAGGACAUGGCUGCUGCUGCUUUGGCCUACAAAUGCAUGGAGGUAGCAUAUAUGAGGGUAAUAUAUUCCUCACACCACGCUGCAAACAGAGAUCGGCAUGAGCUGCAGUCAGCUUUACAAAUUGUUCCUAUUGGUGAGUCGCCUUCCUCAUCUGCCUCUGAUAUUGACAAUGUUAACAACUCUGCUGCGGUAGAAAAGUUUGCCUUGCCCAAGGGUGUCAGUUCUCCCCAAGUUGCUGGCGCCCAUGUCAUUCCUGGCCGAAAUCGUUCGAAUAUUAUGCGAUUGCUUGAUUUUGCCCAGGAUGUGAAUUUUGCCAUGGAAGCCUCAAGGAAAUCACGGAUUGCUUUUUCAGCUGCUCAUUCGAGCUUAAGGGAGGGGAAGCAUGCGGACGGCAUCUCCUCGGUUAAGAAGGCUCUUGAUUUUAACUUUCAAGAUGUUGAGGGGUUGCUGCGAUUAGUCCGGCUUGCCAUGGAGGCCAUCAGUCGAUGAAGGUUCCAUUUUGUUGUGAAGAGGCUUCUGGCUUGGGAAGAACAUGUGAUUCUUGGUCAUGUACUUUUGCUUGGAAAAAGAAAAUGACUGAGCUGUAUUAUGAGUGGUAAAGUUCAUUAUCUUGCAAGCGGAAUUUCUCUUACCAUCUUGCAAGGCCAAUCAAUUCAUGCUUGCCUUACAUUCAGGCAGAUGUGGUUGCUUUUUGAUGUGUUCAAGGAUGAAUGCCAUGGCAACUCUCAUGAUAGUGUUGAAUUUGGAGGCACAAGGAUUCUGGGGACCACUCAAGAACAAUUCUGAGCUUCUUUUGAUAUGUGGAGGGUUGGUACAUUGAGAUCAUGGUCGAAGGCAGAUAUGGAUGGACAUCAGACUUUGAUAUUAAUUGCCAUUCUUUGGUCUUCUAUUAGAGGAAUUGUUAUCUUGUCAAUCUAUUUUCCUAUAUAUUGGGAUUUAAAGGGACCAUCUAUGUCCUGUCUACAUUGCUGAUGGAGAAGUAACAAGAAGCAGAAAGGAAAUAACAAGAAUCAUGAAGAAUACGUAGCAGGAAAUUGCUGCUAAUGUGUCGUUAGCUUAGAGGGAGUGGACUAUACGUAUUAUUACAUAAAUCAAUUUUAUGUCGGAGACAAUCAAGUUCGUGCUUCCUUUUCUGGAACCUGACAGCUGGGGACUUCAUUGCGGAGACCAAUUGAGGGCAAAAUUAGAAAGUCACAUUCUUCUACAAAUUUUAAGUUGCAGGUUGAGCACCCGAGGUGAAAUAAACCAUUCUUAGCUGGCCGCCCGCUCCAUAACUACCGUAAUGGAGAUUCCUCUUUUUAGUCAAUAGUGAUGCUUGGAUCUCUACGAGCAACAAAUAAUGGGCAAUGGAAAUUGAGAAUCCCUUGUGAUGCUCAUAUUAUUCUCUCUGAUCUCCAGACUCCAAUAUACAGAGUUUUGUUGAUUGACUUUGUAUGUAGAUCAUAAAUAUUGAUGAAAAGGAUUUGUAUCAAUAGCCUCAUGUGGAAAAACUGUUCCAAAACUAAAGGUGAUGCAGAAUUAUGUAAAAAUGAUAAAGUUCGCGUGGCUUCUCC